CGGCCGGCGGGGAGAGCGUCAGUCGCGCAGCGAGCGCUAUAUUGUAAGUACGUCGGGUGGCGCCGCGCCAACCCGUCGCGUGUUAGUGUUGUGUCACAGCGGUGGGCCAGGUCGGUUUCGAGAUUUCUUCGUUCCGACGUAAAUAAUGGCGCUGAAUUCGGACGCUGAACAGAAAUCGAACCUGGUCCUCCGCGUGGACCAGGAUUCUGACUCGGUUCUACAGUCAUUGUUUGACACAGUGCUUAAGCCGGACUCAAAACGACCGCUACAGGUGCCUCUCCGCAUGCGACAGCUUCCAAAGUCGUUCUUUAACCCGCCGUCGACCGGUUCUAAGUCGCCAUCUGUGUCUCACUCGCGAGAAAACUCGGCUGACUCGGCAUUUGGAUCGUCGUCAGCGACUGGCGCCUCACCGGUGUCGCACUCUCGUGCACAUUCGUCACCAGCCAGUUUGCAACAGACUUAUGCUGCGGGCCAACAGAACCAGCAACCACCGUUACACCAUCAACACACUAAACAACGAUCCUAUGACGUCGGCUCACAUAUUCCAGAUGAUCUCGGCCCACUUCCAGCGGGUUGGGAGCAGGCUCGCACUCCAGAAGGGCAAAUAUAUUAUCUCAAUCACAUAACAAAGACGACGACAUGGGACGAUCCCCGCAAGACCCUGGCAGCGCAGACCGUGGCCGGCGGCGUGCAGCACCAAAGCGCAGAAGCGCUCCUCACGCAGCCGGCGGCACCACAGACCAUCGCGAACACAACCACCACCGCAGCGAAGAGUACAAGUAACAGCACGACAGAUCCACUAGGGCCGCUGCCGGAGGGCUGGGAGCAGGCGACCACGGCGGAAGGAGAAAUCUACUUUAUAAAUCAUGCCGCUCGCACUACAUCCUGGUUCGACCCCAGAAUACCGCAACAUUUGCAACGCACGCCCGUGUCGGGAGGCGCGGCGGGCGGCGGCUGGGCUAACGCCUCGAUACAGGCCUGCCAGCAGAAACUCCGUCUACAGUCCCUGCAACUCGAGAGGGACCGUCUCAAGCAACGCCAGCAGGAGAUUAGGCUCCAGCAAGAACUGAUGGCUCGGCAAACGACAUCGAUUUCCGCGUCGUUGGCCAGCAGUACGGGGGCGGUGGCCAGUACCGACCUGCCGCUGGAUCCUUUUCUGUCCGGCUUGACGGAUCACCAGCGGCAGGAGUCCGCUGACAGCGGGCUAGGAAUGGCGGUCCCGCAGUCAUACUCCAUGCCUCACACGCCCGACGACUUCCUCGCCGGCAUGGACGACCGCAUGGAUUGCAGCAGCGAGGCCGGAGCAAACCUCGACUCCACCGAUAUCACGCUCGGUGACAACAUAGACUCCACUGACGACCUGGUACCUUCUUUACAGUUGAACGAGUUCACAAACGACAUUCUGCUGGACGACGUGCAGUCGUUGAUAAACUCGACGCCAAGCAAGCCCGACAACGUGCUCACCUGGCUGUAGGCGCCGCGCAUGCGCACGCGCCGCGCCCGCCCGACACGGCACCGAGCACCGCACCGAGCACCGCACCGAGCACCGCACCGCGUUACUGAACAACCGGAACUAAACUUCAGGAACAUGCGCUCAGUACCAUUUGUGAAAACCACCCUCAACAUGGCUACAUCGUCAUACUAGCUAACGUGUAAUUAUCGUCAAAUUAGGAAAUUAUUAAUACAACAUACAAAAGCAGAUGACAAGCGUCUAGUGUUUCAUAAGUGGCACUGAAAUUAUUCUUGGAAGUUUUCUUCACUACAUUCUCAGUAACAUAUUUAAAAUUAAUUUAGCGUACUUAUCGCUUUUAUACAACGUCAAUUAAAUAGUGUCCGUGGCAAAAUCGUUUUAAAGGUGUACAUUUUAAUAUGAAAUGACAAUAACUAGCAUAUGUGUGUAUGAAUUGAUGUGAACAAGACCGCUUUUGCUACAUAUAAGAAUGAUUUGUCGACACUUAUAUGGCAGUAUCAUAUCACUGUUAGUGCAAACAACUAUUACAAUACAAAUCUGAAAUUUUUAAUAGUUGUUUGUGUUAGUAUAAUUGCUUACAAAAGAUAAACUAAGAGUGGCAAGGGGCGUUACUCUAAUCGCAAAAAUUUUAGACAUCAUAUUUGAAUUUUCCAAUACGUGACUUAGCUUUUUAAUAUUUUUUCAAGGCCAGUACAUAGCCAGUGAAGGAUAUUUUUGGUAAUCCGUUUGCCCCUUUCACUCUUUACACAUGGACAGCCUAGUGUCUUCACGCUUAUUGGGCAGUAUCAGUUUUAUCUCUAUCUCUGCAUUUAUUCGAAUGAGAUAGUAAUACUGUAAAAUUAUAUUUGCACAAUAAGUGUCUUGUGUAACAUAUAGGGAGGUUAAUGCAUUGUAACAUUUUGUACUAAUCUAAACUGGUGCGUUUGAUCUUGAGGACUGUAUUAUAAAUGUUUGAUAACGUAUAUAGUUGUUAGUUAAUCAUCUCCAAUAGAGCGCGAGUGAUGAGUGUCUGUGUACACUAUCUCGAAGUGAAGUGUUCUCUGGGUAUGUCAUGCAGUAGCGGGUCCGUGCCGCGAGCCGCGAGCCGCGAGCCGCGAGUGUGACGUCACACAGUGCAGCGUCUCUCGGGUGUCGCAAGCCUGCCUUCCGCGAGGAAAGCAGUUGCGUUGCGACGAGUUUGUGCAUGAAUCACGUUUCCCAUAUUCUUUGGAUUGAGACUAUCGGAAAUCAAAAACGUCCAUAAUAUUGUCAUAUCUUUCUGCGAUGAAAUAUUUUAAACUUAUGGUAUGUGUAACAUUAAGAUUGUGAUAACAUCUCGACACCACAGUGCCUUAUUCUGCCUUAAAGAAGAUCGUAUUAUAUUUAUUGUUUUGUAAUUUAGAUAAUAACGAGACCCUAUUUCGACAUGUUUUGUAAGACCACUGAUAUGAUAGUGAUUUGUAUGGAAAAAUAAAACUACUUAUUUACUUGUAGUGAUUUGUUUGUCGACUUACACCGUCCUUGUGUAUUUUUCGAGAUUAUGGUUAGAUGUUAAGUUUUAUAGUUGAAUCGCGAACUAGACUAUUAUGCUGGCAACUCUUAUUAUAAUUGAUGGUAUUUGAUUGCAGUGGACAAUGUAACUUGUGCAUUGUACACGUGUCACGUGUGUGGGUGUAUGGAUGCAGCUAGUUGAUAACUGUGUCGCGAGCCGAGUCGCGCGGUGUAGUACAGCGACUCGGCACGCCACUUGUGCCUUACAGCAUUAUGGAAUUCUUUACUCAUUAUUGUAUACUCUGACACGACAAGGACUACACAAUAAUAUAAUUCUAUUAUUCGGUGCCAAUUACGAAUAAUUUAUUACGUCUGCAGUUUCUUCAUUUCGUUCAUAUCAUGAUUUGACUAUUAAAGGUAGGUAUCCUUUAUGCGACUCAUAAUAUUUCACCAAAUCGAUUAUUCUCAAAAUUGUGUUUAGCCCACCUAGUCUUUAGAUUUUGUUUUUUGUAUGAGUGUAAUAAAUUCAGCUAGCUUGGUCGAUUACGCUAUUGUAAUCAGACUUUUAAUAUAAAAUGCUACAUUGAAAACUUUGCCAUAUUAGUAAAAGUACUGUUAUUCUAAUAAGACUUAAUGUAAUCUUCAAUUAUGGUAAAUAGCUAUAAUUGUCAUCAAUGUAACUAUUGUAAUUAGACGUAACGGUGCUGGGUUUAUGGUACAGUAUAAUUUUGUAUUCUGUAGAUCCAUUCGUUGUAUACUUUAUUUUGUAUUUGUCAUGUAUUAAUAGUAAGAUUCCAUAAGUAAGGAUGCUUCUCAUAUUGUUCGGUUGAUUAUUCUCCGGCGCCGCCGCUGGUACGUAGUGUGAUGUGUCGCAUCGAGAAACAUUCCAUGUUGCUAACAGUAAGCAGGCCAGUGCGCCGGCGCCGCGGCGGGCUCACCUCCCACGGAAUAGUAUCCAAACAAUAUAACGAGUAUUCACUUUAUUCUUUUAUAAGUAUAGCCUU